AUGACAAAUACACAACUUACUCUCCUUGUUGUGUGUUUUCUUCUGACGAUGGAAGUAAACGGACAGUUGAAAACCACGUGUUACUUUAAUACAAAAUGUCGAUGUAAAGCUUCUAAUGAAACGUAUGUCGAGGUUGAUUGUUCAAAACUUAGCUUAAAUGAUAUCCCGAAACUGCCAGAAAACGUGAGCAGUGUUGAUUUAAGCAACAACAAUAUAUCUGAUGUACAGGAAUAUCAUUUUAAGGAUAACAAUGCUUUAAGUGAAAUUAACCUUUCACAAAACAAAUUACACUUUCUCAAAAAGGAAAUGUUUUAUGGUCUGAAUAGUGUUUCAAAGCUUCAGAUGAACAACAAUAAUAUUACAAAAACAACCAAAGAUGUGUUUUUAUAUCUACGAACAUUAUCAUAUUUAGAUGUUAAGAAGAACAGUAUCAGCUGGAGCAAUCACAACGUUACAUUUCCUCCAUCUUUACUCACAUUGAAGAUUGAUUACAAUUCGUCUCAAGAAAACUUCCCUGAAAUGCCUCAUUUACAGACUCUGGACGUCUCUGGAACAUCUGGGGACUGCUACAUACACAUCGUGAAACCGGACACCUUUAGAUUUGUACCAUCAAUAUAUGAAUUAUAUAUUUCUGCUUGUAAAGUAAAUUACGUGUACAAUGGUUCAUUUAGAUUUAUGAGAAACUUAUCAACUUUAGAUAUAUCUUUUAACAGAUGUCUUAAGUUUGAUGGAUUACAAAAUGUAACAAUUGAACUUCCAUUCACGUCUAUAAAAGUUCUGAAAUUUAAUAAAAUUCAUAAAACAUUUCAAAUGAAUACAAAAAUUUUAAAACAACAUUUGUCGCACUUAAAAUAUACAAACUUGGAAGAAAUUCAUGGUGACAGCAAUAGAAUCCAGCUCAUAGAAGCUGGAGCUGUAGGACAACUUCCAUCUUCCAUUCGAAAACUCUUUGUGUCCGACAAUGAAUUUUCGUAUGGACAAUAUGUUUCAGAAUUUAUAUUUACGAAAAUUGAAUUUGUAAAUGCGUCGUUUCUGUUCAGUUCGCGAAGUAACAAUGGAGAAGAAGAAAAAUGCGAGCGUUCUAAUAAAUCAUGUUGUAAUCAGGUUUGUGAACAUGUUUAUACACCUGACGAAACAAUAUCUCGAUUUGAAACUACUUGGAAAUUCUUGCCAAUUCCUCGAAACCUGAAAACGGUAUUUUACAAAGACUGCUUUCUUCGCUAUGAAAUACCACAGUAUACAGUUUCCGAGAAUAUAGUAAAGUAUGUAGAUUUAAGUCAUAAUAUUUUCUAUUCAUGGAUAGGCCCUCUUCUUACAUUCAAUCAUUUGCAUUUUUUAGAUUUAUCUAAUAACAUAUGCUCGAAUGUGUCAAAGGUAUUUUUUAAAAGCGUUCCGAAUGUGACAACAUUACUUGCACAAAAUAAUCUACUUGGAUUUGUUCUGCCCGAUGACACUGAAGGUGAAAUAAUGCAUCAUAUGCCAGCCCUACAAUUUGUUAAUUUUGCAGAAAAUAGGAUCCCAAGUUUACCAUAUAAUUUUUUUAAGUCUCAGGUGAAUUUGAUAGACAUAAAAUUAGGAGGAAAUAUGAUGGAAAACAUUACCUUCCAAAUAAAUCAUAUGAAACAAUUGUCAAAUUUAGACCUUUCAAAUAACCGAAUUUCUACUUUAGAUGAAUAUGCUCGUGAUCAUUUGGAAGAAGUUUUAAAAAUGAAAAACAAUUUAACCAUUGAUAUAAGUGGGAAUCCGUUAAAAUGUAAUUGCGAUGCAACAGAAUUUAUAAAUUGGAUGUCAACGACGCAAAUCAAAUUUCACAAUAUAAAUAAAACCUACUGUCUGAUGUCUAAUGGGGUCCAAGAAUCAUUAUGGAAAUCAAACAGAAUUUAUGAGAAGCUAAAGAUGGAAUGCUCGUCGUAUGCGUCAUUGAUUGUUGGCACUGUAGCAUCAUUAGUCGUUUUUCUGUUUGUUUUAAUUUGGGGCAUUUGUUACCGCAAUAGGUGGCGUUUGCGAUAUAUGUAUUACAUGGUAAAAAAUAAAUAUCAAGCGCAAAAUAAAGAAAAACCCGACAAUGAGAGCCAAUAUGAGUACGAUGCUUUUGUAUCCUACGACAACAACGAUAGAAUUUUCGUUCAUGACAAACUUUUAAAUCGUCUUGAAAGCCAGGCUGGAUUGAAGCUGUGUAUCCAUAAAAGAGAUUUUCUACCUGGAAAUGACAUUGCGGGAAACAUCACAUCUGCAAUUCACAACAGCCGAAAAGUGGUCAUCGUGAUGUCACAUAAUUAUCUGGAUUCGUACUGGUGUAUGUUUGAGUACAACAUGGCAAAUGUGGAAAGCAUUUAUUCCAGAAAUAAGGAAAAUAUAUUAUUUCUAGUAUUUCUAGAGCAAGUGGCACCAAAAGAUUUACCAAUGAUGGUUUUAGAAUUAGUUCAAUCCCACUCUUACAUCGAAUACCCAAACGAUGAAUUUGGUGACACAGUGUUUUGGAAUAAGUUAAGGGAAGUGUUAUCGCAGUAACCCUUUUCUCUUUCUUCUCACGAUUAAC